UUUUGCAUUCUUUAGCUGCAAUUUGUCUAAAAUAUGUGUUUAAAAGUUCUUAGAACUGUCAUGCUGUACCUGCAAAAAAAUUUGUUACGGUUCUUUGUCAUCAUUGAUAAUUUUAUAUUCCACCAUUUUGCUAUUUAAGUUUUGCACGCUACUCUCUCUCUCGCUCUUUUUUUUUUCCCUUUCAGUGCGGAACAUAGAUUGCAAAAACAUGGCCGCGUCCAGUGAUUCAGAAGAAGAAAACUUCGUCGAACUUGGCGAACCCUUGCCAUUCAUUAUAGGUGAUGGAAACAAGAAGCCUAUUGCUCUGCAAGCUGUUCCUACUAAAGAAACCAAAGGGCGCCCCAGAUUUCAUGGAGCUUUUACUGGUGGCUUUUCUGCUGGCUACUUUAACACUGUGGGCACAAAAGAAGGAUGGGCGCCAUCAACAUUUGUUUCCUCUCGGUCAAAGAAGCAGCAGCAGUUAUCUGAUCAGUUGCCAGAGGAUUUUAUGGAUGAAGAGGAUUUGGGAGAACAUGGCAUUGCUCCACGAAAGCUGGUUACAUCAGAUGCUUUUACUUCUGAAGAAAGAAAUCGUAAGCGCCACUCUGAUAUGAUUGCAAGGACAAGAGACGCUGUCCUGCCUGUUACUCCAGCUCUGAUUGACCUGAUUGUUCCGGAAAAACUUCCCAUUGGCAUUAAGCUUCUUCGUAAGAUGGGUUGGAAAGAAGGGCAAGGAAUUGGACCCAGACAGAAAGCAAAGAAGCCAAAGAGGCAAAAAGCGCCUGUGGAGCCUGGAGUUAAAAUGUAUGGCUGUGCAUUACCUCCCUUACAAGAUGGCAGUGAAAAUGAGAUGAGUGACAGUGAUGUCGACCUCCAGAAUGUGACCUUUGCUCCAAAGGAUGUAGCCCCAAUUAAAGUCAUUUCCAAAGAUAAUGUUUUUGGUCUGGGCUAUCAUGGUCUUGAUCCCACAGUGGCUUUGCCAUCAACACACAUCAACUUGUUUGAGCCUCCUGCAGUCCGGUCUUCUCGCAAUAGGAAAGGCAUUCGAGGACAGGCAUUUGGUGUUGGUGCUCUAGAAGAGGAAGAUGAGGACAUUUAUGCAGUUGACUCCCUUAGUAACUAUGAUCAGACCAUGGAGAUUAAUGAUGACCAGCAUUUUGGCUGGACAGCACCAGGCUCCCGGAAAAAUAUUGAGGAACCACACAGAUCAGUUAAUUUUCUUGGCAAGCUUCUGGAGGGAUUUACUGUGUCAGCUAAGCUCUUGCCACAGAAGAAGGUAUUUCCUCCACCAACAUUGCCUUGUACAUUUAGGCCUUUUCACAGGUUCCGCAAAACUGCAGAACAGCUUGCCCAGGAUGCAGUGGGUGAUACAUUUUCUGGUAAAAAAUUAAGGGACAGUCAUAAACAGACAGCAGUGGACAGAGGACUUCUUCUGGGAGAAACACCUCUUGCUUCGUCAGUUUUCGACCUCAUCCCAAAAGCAGACAUCAAGCGUAUGGAGGCUAUAAAAGAAGCAGCAAAGAUGACUGCAAAAACUGCAAAAAGAUUGCAGUCUUCAGGAAAUCAGAAUGAAAAGAGCUUUUUGGCUGAGACGGAGAACUCAUCAGGACUUGAGAAGUUUGAAUUCUCUGGGAGUGAUCCUGUAUUGCAGUCUCCUACUGUCGGUAGAACUGCAGUUUCCAGCACCUCCUCUCAGGUCUUAGGCAUUCAACAGGGGCACCAUCGUGCACAGCUACAGUGUCUGAUUCCAGAUGAAGGAAGUGAGCAAGUGCCAGUGUUUCAAGGCAGUUUGACAUUUAAACCAUUCAGAAAAGACCCAGCCAAGCAGGACCGGUAUGACAAGUAUGUGGCACUCGUGAAGCAAGGAGUAAAAGACCCUUAUGAGCAGGUAGCUGGCAUUCACAUGACAGAGUGGGAAAAGCAGCGAGAGAGAAAAGAAUUUUCUAAGGCAGCUGAGAUUUACAGACCUCUUUCUAGCAUGAUGGCCUCACGAUUUACACGUGGUGCUUUCAUUGAUGAUGCAGAGCAGACAGCUAGGCCUGCUGAAGCAGAGGGAGAAAAAAGUGAGCGUGUCAAAGCUGCAGAGAUGAAAAUAUAUGGACAACUGACAAGAGAGGAUAUGGAGUGGCAUCCACAUAACUUGUUGUGUAAGCGCUUCAACGUUCCCAACCCUUACCCUGGAUCUGAGACUGUGGGUCUGCUUACAGUCAAAAGAGACAAACUUUCAGUGUUCAAUUUUUUGAGCUUUCCUAUGGAUGGAAGCACUUCACAAAAUAUGCAGCCGAAGGAGAUGUCAAAAGCAAUAGAAGAGUUGCCAUCUACAAAGGAUCUGGAUGUGAAGAACAAAAGACGUGGAGCCAUGUCAGUAUUUAGUGUGCUAGAAGACCAACCACCAUCGGCACCAGAGAGUGUUGCAGACAAUGUAGAUGUAAAUGAUGUGAGAGACCAACAAGAUGAAGAAAAUGAAGAAAAGGCUCAGCCAACAGAUUUAUUUAGGGCUAUUUUUAAAAAUUCUGAUUCUGAAUCGAGCACAUCAGAUGAAAAAUCAGAUGAUGAAAUAGAUAAGAAUGAGAAAGAAAAUUUUAUUGAAGACAAAAAUCCUGACCCUUCUGGAGAUCUGACCUUUGUUGCUGUGCAGUUGUCUUCACGAUCAGGCAAACAGGAUCUGGUUCCACACUUAGAGGAACAGGCCAGUCCUAGCCAGCGCAUGGUAGCUCCUGUUUUAAACUUACAUACUUCACCCACACUUCCUGCCAGUGAGGGAUCUAGUUCGCAUUUGCGUGCUGGCAGUCGCUGGAGUGGAUCCAUAUUUGAUGUACUUGAUGAUUCACCAUCAAGACAGCCCCAGUUGCACCAACAAAGCAUUAGGGCAACUGAUCUAGAGCAGAGAUUGUCUACCUCAUCACAUCCUUCAGCUGAGGAUGAUUGUUAUGGUCCUGCAUUACCUCCCACCCCUAUCACCAGUACAAAUAAAGGGUUAUCAGUACCUACCGAGGCAACCAUUGGCAUGACCUGCAAAAGCCAUCGCAAACAAAAACACAAGCACAGGCACAAAGAUGAUAAGGCUUCACCACAAAAUCACCACAAAAAGAAGAAAUCAAAACACAAGAAAAAGAAAAGACAGAGAGAAAAGAAAGACAGCAGCCAUGGUAAAAGACAACGCAAUCACGACAAGUCAAGUGCAAGUGAAGCGGAUGCAGAAUCAGAAUUGGGCAGCAGUUCUUAAUUUGUCAUUGGUGUCUUUCCAAAUAACUGUAUGCUUGGAUAGUUGUCUUUUUUAUUUUGUUUUUGUAGGCUGAUUGCCUUUAUCUGUUAAUAAUCUAAAAUCCACAAAGUUGUGAAGUGGUUAUGGUUAUCAUCUUACUCCCCACUGUAAAAUAAAAAAAAAUUGAAGGCUUAAUCCUGUUUUUUUCUCUUGCUGUCUGAAGCACAAGAUAGUCAAUGUAAUCACCACAGUUUAAAAACAACCAUAAAUUCUGCAAGAACGUUACUUUGGUUUAAUGUUUGCUUGAUGCACAUAAUCACAAAUAUGAUGCACAAGUUUGUAAAUAUAAAUGUGCACUGAUUGUAGAGAACAAGUGUGAAUGAAAAGUGCAGUUAACCUGAACUACUAUGACAUCUUUUUUUUAAAUACCCUUCCCUGCUGUUCCCUUAAAUGAAAUUGUGCACAGGCUGAAAACUAUGUGCAUUUGUUUAGUAACUGUGCAUGUAGAGAACAGUCUGAAUGGUGUUUUGGAAAUUUUUGCAUGCCAGGUGCAUGCAUGCAUGCACAUUUGCCAUAAAGGGGAAGAUGAUGUGCAGCCCCAUCUUUGCCUUUGUCCACAUUUUCAUGCAAUAAGUAAAUAAAAUAAAUUUAUUAUUU